UUGAAGAAUUUUCGAAAGUUUUCAAAGCAAAAUCGGCAUGAUAAUUACCUCUGUUUCUUCAGCAGUGACUAUUUUAAGCUUUCUUACUGGGUCUGUUUUGUACAGAUUUAGAUGGAAAUUACGUUAUUUAUAUUAUUCAGCCAGGCGUUCGAACAAAAUACACCAUGGAAAUGAUGUGGUGUAUGAAUAUGAUGCCUUUAUUUCCUAUUCUGAUGAUGCCAGAUUAUUUGUGGAUCACACAAUGAGAUUAGAAGUUGAGGAAAACGCUGGUUUAAAACUUUGUCUUCAUAAUAGAGAUUUUCUUCCUUCCUUACCGAUCGCUGAAGGUAUAAUUAUUGCUGUUAAGUCGAGUAGAAAAACAAUUCUUGUUAUGAGUCCAGAUUUUAUUAUAAGUUACUGGUGUCUGUAUGAAAUGAAUAUGGCAGAUAUGGAAAGUCAACAUACUGGACGAGAUGUGUUAUUAAUAUUAUUUUAUAAACAUAUUAAAUAUGAUAAAAUACCAUCAACUGUCAUGUAUCAGAUUAAAUCACAUACUUAUAUUGAAUAUCCUGAUGAGGACAGUGAUUCAGACGCGAUGGUUACAUUUUGGGAUAAUUUUUCAAGGGCAAUUACAUCUUAA